AUAUUGAUGUCUUUGUUUGUUCUUUGUGCAGGACCCCUCUCAUAUUCAAGUAUAUCGGUUUGGAUCUCAGCUGUGCAGGGACAGGCGUGGAUAAGGGAGAAGUAGAGGGAUCUUAAAUGACGGGUGGAUCAGGUGUGGUGGUGAUAGACAAUGGGGGUGGUCUUCUGAAGGCUGGUUUUGGUGGGGACAAGGACCCGAUUGUUGUCGUCCCCAACUGUAUAGCCAAGUCCCCUGGUUCCACUGCAAGCUCAAAGAAAUGGCUAGCGGCCGACCAGCUGCAGGCGCAGGACGUCGAUGUGACUGGCAUGACGCUGAGGCGUCCUAUCGAUCGCGGCUACCUUAUCAACACGGAGGUGCAGCGGGAGGUGUGGGAACGGGUCCUUCGCGGCCUGCUCCAGGUGGAUCCGACCAACUCGUCCUUGUUGCUGGUGGAGCCACAGUUCAACCCUCCAGGGCUGCAGCAUGCUACCGAUGAACUCGUGUUUGAGGAGUUUGGCUUCAGCUCUCUUUGUGUCGCAGAUGCUCCUUCCCUUGUCCACCUUUACGAGGCCACCCAACAGCCGUCGCUCUUCCGUGCCCAGUGCAGCCUAGUUGUUGACUGUGGCUUCUCCUUCACCCAUGCUUCCCCUGUCCUUCAGAACUUUACACUGAAUUAUGCUGUGCGGCGCAUGGACCUUGGUGGCAAGGCCCUCACAAACUACCUCAAGGAGCUCAUUUCAUAUCGUUCCCUUAAUGUCAUGGAUGAGACCCUCCUCAUUGAUGAUGCAAAGGAAAAGCUAUGCUUCAUAUCCCUUGAUGUCCCUCGUGAUCUUCGCCUUGCCAGGUUAUCACAUAAGGACAAUCCGUUUAGAUGUUCUUACAUUCUCCCUGAUGGCAUAACGUCCAAGAAAGGGAUAGUCAAAGACAUGGAUGAAGCACGUCGAUACUGUUCUCUGCCUGCUGACGGAGAAUUGGAUAAAAAAGAUGGUGACAGUGACACAAACAAGUUUGAGGACAAAAAGAAGCCUGAAUUAAGUCAAAAUGAAUUCGCCUUGACCAACGAAAGGUUCCUUGUCCCAGAGAUGCUUUUUCAUCCAAUUGAUCUAGGUAUGAAUCAAGCUGGUCUUGCUGAGUGUAUAGUUCGUGCUGUACAAGCCUGCCAUCCCUAUAUUCAACCUGUGCUUUACGAGAGCAUCAUCUUGACAGGUGGAAGCACGUUGUUCCCUCGUUUCGCCGAAAGACUGCAAAGAGAACUGCGACCUAUUGUGCCUGAGGACUAUCAGGUGAAGAUAACCCCCCAAGAGAACCCAAUUCUUGGCGUCUGGAGAGGAGGAUCUAUCUUGGCGUCCAGCCCUGAUUUCGCGUCGAUGUGCGUUACGAAAUCAGAGUACGAGGAGAUGGGGUCGGCACGGUGCCGUCGAAGGUUUUUCCACUGAAGAGUUUGUGUGUAGCGAGCGGCUCAGUAGAGGCCAAUGUAGUUUGUAAAUACUAUGCAGCAUGUUUUGGAUGACAUGUUUAAUUAAUAACCGCCGUGCAUAUUA